CUACCAUAGAAUUAAGGGCUCCUGUUUCGAUAAAAACUUGCAUUUGACUGUGGGAAUUCCCUCCUGAGCCCAAGCAAUUUUACAGGAAAUUUUACGAAGACGUGAUUUUCAAAGCUAAUUAUGAAAACAUUUGUCGUGGGAAUCAGUGGUGUGACAAAUGGCGGGAAGACAACGCUGGCUAAGAAUUUGCAGAAACACCUCCCAAACUGCAGUAUCGUAUCUCAGGAUGAUUUCUUUAAGCCAGAGUCUGAGAUAGAGAUAGACGCAAAUGGAUUUCUGCAGUAUGACGUGCUUGAAGCGCUCAAUAUGGAAAAAAUGAUGUCCACCAUUUCCUGCUGGAUGGAAAGCCAAGGACAGUCCCUGGCAUCAACAGACUCUGGAAGUGCCGAGGAAAUUCCCAUACUGAUCGUCGAAGGCUUCCUUCUCUUUAAUUAUAAGCCCCUCGACACACUAUGGAACAGAAGCUACUUUCUGACCAUUCCGUAUGAAGAAUGUAAGAGGAGGAGGAGUAUAAAGUUUCCUGUGUGUUUUGAUAGUACGAGAGUCUACGAGCCUCCAGACACCCCAGGGUACUUUGAUGGCCACGUGUGGCCCAUGUAUCUAAAGCACAGACGAGAAAUGGAGAAGAUCACAUGGGAGAUUGUUUACCUAGAUGGAACAAAAUCUGAAGAGGACCUCUUUAAAGAAGUGUAUGAAGAUCUAAUACAAGAACUAGCAAAGCAAAAGGGUUUGCACGUGACAACGUAGAGAUGGAGUGCACUGAACCCUUCGGGGGAUGAAUUAGGAAACUCGAAGGCCUCUAUUUAAGAACCUGCACGAAGAUACAAUAUGUACUUUGGUAUGAUGACAGCUGUAGUUCGUUUGUGUUACCACAUAUGAUUUCUGCCACGUGAGGAACAGUAAAUAGGGAUCCGUGCCACUGGACGGGAAUGUACCUUGUUGAGUUGUUCUCGCUCCAAGGAGUGCAGAGAUACAGCAUUAGCUCACUAACGAGUCAGUUCCUCUAGACCAAUGAUCAUCAAACUUUUCCAAAUAGGACCAAGUACGAAAUAAGGUUUACAUCACAAUCCAGUAGAGAUGUAAUCCAUUAUGUUUGUGUGUGUGUGUGUGUGUGUGUGUGUGUGUAGGUAUAUAUGUGUGCAAUGUGUGUAUAGAGAUACACACACAUACAAGGAUGACAAAGGAUUUACCUAAAGCAUGCUGAUAUUUUUCUAUUUUUAAUUUUUUUAUAAUCUUCAUUACCAUCCAGUAUCGAUUCUAUUUCCUGCAAAUGAAGGCUUUACCAGGAGUAGCAGUCACAUUGAGCGAAUCAACAAUUUGCUGCAAUGUCUUUUUUGUGUGGGUUCUGUCACUGUGGCUGCUUUUCCUGUUCUUGCAUAUGUGUAAAACCACUGGGUCGUUGUGUCUCUUGUGUUGCUACUUUGUUACAAAUGGUAUAUUUUCUGUUUUAUUUUGGGUUUUGUCAAACCAGUGGUUUCAAGUCCCAGAAAUCAGUUACAGUUACUUAGAUGAUAAGUAGUACCUUUGAUUGAAAGGAAGAGACAGGAGAUCUGAAUUCUAUAAUGUUUUGAGGUCUCUUUAAAUACUGGAAUUUAAAUCAUGUAUUAUACUGAUCAACCUCUUGUUUUUUUAACAAACAGAUUGCUCACAAUCCUUUCAGUCUUUACAAAUAGAAAUGUAUUGUGACAUUAACUUUAACUGUAACUCAUUUGAUCAGCUCUCAUUAUUUCUAUAUUUCUAACUAGCUUGUCCUCAGUGGCAAUUAGGGAAGGGGUUUUUUUUGGUCACACGUACUACACAAAACAACAAAAAAACAAACCCUGAGCUCAAAUGGCAGUUCUUCCACCUAAUAGCUAUAUGACUUGGAUCACACUAUUCAAAGUCUUCAUUUCCUCUUUGUAAAAGGGGAAUAUCAACAGUACUUAGCAUGGGUGUAGCGUAGAAUAAGGAUCAUGUUCAAAAUCCUUCACACGGCCCCCAGGGCAUUCCCUGAACUAGCUUCAGUGUGCCUGCCUCUCUAUUCUCAUUGCCCAUCAUCCAGUCCAUUGCUGUUCGGUGCUGAGACCUCCUGCCCUCAAACUUACCAGGGCCCUUUCUGCCUCAUGGCGGGCACCCAGGCUGUUCCCGACACUUGGAGCAAGUGCCACAACCUUUCCCUCCAACCAACCUGUCCCUCCACAGAGGCAGACAUCCUGCUUCAUCCUUGCCUCCACAGAUGCUCUCAAAGCUGCCCUACCUGGCCGUCGCAGCACUCAUCCCAAUUAUAACUGUCCUGCCCCCUACACAGUCGCUCAUUUAGUGGCUAUCUCCCCAGCUACAUGGAAGCUCCAUGAAGGCAGGUCUGACCUCUGUGACUUAGUUACAGACACGCCCCUGCUCCCCAGCACAGUGUCUGGCUCAUGGUGAACACACAAAAAAUACCGGGUACUUUUUAUAACUUCCUGUUACAUCAGGAAUGGAUUCACAUGCCACCAAUAUCUUAUUCGAGGAGUAGUAACUUACACUCAUUGGGAUUUAUUUUAUUUAUUUUUUUAUUUAUUUUUUUACAAAAGAAGGAAGUUUAAGGCAAGCAGUCUAGGGUUUGCACAUCGAGUUGUGAGAUUUAGGGGGAAAAAGCAACAAAAUUAGAGGACGCACAGGUAAAUUUGAAUUUCAGGUAAACUGUAGCUCUUUAUCAAUAACUUUAGUGUAAAUAAAUCCCAAACACUA